AUCCGUUCACGGCACACGUGUGGUCAGCAUAGUCCGUCAUGGCAAAGGUUCGUGCAAAAAAAAUGAGUAAAAAGAGGCGAAAGGCGCCUGAAGUGAUAGAUGAGGGCGCAGCAAAGAAGCCCGAUGUGGCUUAUGAUGAUGAGGAGGAGGAGAUGAAUGAUGAGAACGUAACCAGCGAGGAGGAAGAAGAAGAGGACGAUGACCGCAAACGGCAGAAGCUGCUGGAGGCGAUCAGCGCUCUGGGUGGUAAGAAGAAAAAAAAGUUGGCUGAAAGAUCAGAGGCAGCAGUCCAGAUGUCUGAAUUCACGGUCAACGCGGAGGGGGAGGGCGAUAAGAUCGACCUGUCAGAGCUGAUCGGCACAAUGCAGAAAACACCUGCUGUGUCCGCAAAAACUAAGAAACAGCUCAAGCAUCUGCAGCAAAGUAAGACCAUCGAGUGCCCCCUCAGCCGGCAGGAGAGCGAACGAAUCCACAGAGAUCUGGCCUUUAAGAAGGUGGCGAAUGAGGUGGACAAGUGGAAAAGUAUUAUCAGACAAAACCAGAAGGCCGAGCAGCUGUUUUUCCCCCUGAACCAGGAACCAUCAGGGCCCAAGCCCAUGGAGGCGGUGGUGUCCGGCUGGAAGGCACGAACGCCGCUCGAGCAAGAGAUCUUUGCCCUCCUCUCUGCCAACAAGCAGCCCCUUCAUGAUCCCAUCCUGACCUCUGCGGAAGAGGCUUCUCUCAAAGCCAUGAGCCUGGAGGAGGCCAAGAUCCGGCGCGCGGAGCUGCAGAAAGCGCGUGCCCUCCAGUCAUACUAUGAGGCCAAGGCUAGGCGAGAGAAGAAGAUCAAAAGCAAGAAAUACCACAGAGUGCACAACAAAGCCAAGCGCAAAGACUUCCUGAGAGCGUUUGACGAGAUGGUGAAAACAGAUCCAGCUAGCGCCCUGGAGGAGCUGAAUAAGAUGGAAGUGGCGAGGAUGCAGGAGAGGAUGUCGCUUAAACACCAGAACAGCGGCAAGUGGGCCAAGUCAAAGGCAGUCAUGGCUAAAUACGACGAGGCGGCUCGCAAAGCCAUGCAGGAGCAGCUGGAAGUGAACAAAGAGCUGACACAGAAGCUGGUGACUCCGCUGAAUAAUGAGGAGGAGGAGGAGGAGACAGGUGGAGGAGGUGCCGAUGAGAUGCUACAUGGGUUUGUAAAUGAUGCAGAGACUGGUGGUAAUUCUGCAAACCCGUGGAUGAGAGGAAAGUUGUCUGCAGAGCCCGCUGAGGAGAACCCAGAUGAGGGCACGGAUCUCACAGAGGAGCCGCCACUAGGCGCGGGAAAGGCUGUGGAAGAGGAGGAGGAGGAGAUGAAGGAAACAGAAGAGGAGACGCUUCUAAAAGAGUUUGAUAGCAGGAGGAAACUGCGUCAGGGUCAGGAGUGUGAUGAAGCAGCAGUGAUAACUUUGAGCAAAGAAGAUGAUGAAGAAAGUGCGAGACGAGACACUGAGAGGCCGAAUGAGGAGGAGGAGCUAUCAGAGUUCACAAGCCUUUACCGUGGAAUAGCAGAUGGCCAUCAGGUGGUGAGAGAUGAUGAUGGCCAUGUGGACUCCUCAGCUCAGCUUGAGGGAAGUCUGACGAGGAUCAGGACCCUGGAGGACAUGGAGCUCAUCACUCAGGAGGAGGUGGAGGAAUCAGUCACUGAUAACGCUCCUCAGCAGGCUGCAGUGACGGAAGAUCAGCUGCCCAACUCUCAAAAAGUAAAUACAACCAAGAAGAGGAAGCGAGGGAUCAAGCUGAAAGAUGUUCUCACCAAACAGGCCAAGGUGAUCAACGUUCCUCUCGGUCCGACUGUGGAGGAUGCAGAGGACUCUGAUGAAAACCAGGACCAAAGAGGCCUCAUCAGAGAGGCAUUUGCUGGUGACGACAUUGUCUCCGACUUCCUUAAGGACAAAAGGAAGCAGGAAGAUGCAGGGAAGCCUAAAGUUUUGGACCUGACGCUGCCUGGGUGGGGCGAGUGGGCAGGGAUCGGCUUGAAACCGUCACGCAAAAAGCGCAAAAGGUUCAGGAUAAAGGUCGCGUCGCCUCCUCCAAGGAAAGAUCAGCACCUGCCGGCUGUCAUCAUCUCGGAGAAGAGAAACAGCUCGGUCAGCCUGAACCAGGUCAGCUCUCUGCCGUUCCCCUUCCAGAGCAGCGAACAGUUUGAGAGCACCAUCCGCUGCCCACUGAGCCGAACCUGGAACACGGAGCAGACCGUGUUGAAGUUGACAAAGCCCAAGGUGGUCACCCAGCUGGGCGCCAUCAUUGAACCCAUCACUCGGGAGGAGCUGGUGAAGAAAGCCAGUCAGGGUGCUGCUGGGUACACGCCAAAGCCAAACCGCUGACUGAUGGUGGAAAAUAAGAAAAAAAAAAAG